UACCCUGAAUUGGGACACAGCCAACAAUGAAGCAAAAUCCCCUAAGAAUCUCCUCCUCCACCUCCUCCCCCUGUCCUUUCGUCAGCUUUUCCGUAUUCCAUCUGCCCGGCCUGCCAGUUCAAAACGUAUUUCGCUGACAAUGUUUCGGACUUUUCACUCUUAAACUGUUGUGAACAGCAGUGAGAAAUCUGCCGGCCAUAUUUGUAAACCUUAGAUUGAUUUCCACUGGUCAUUACUUGUGUUACUGGUAAUCCACCAACCCCACAAGCUACAUUUCUUUUUCCUUUUUUCAAAACGAUGGAUACUGUCGCUUUAGUUUUGCUGUUUCUGGUCAACGCUGGGACGCUGGUUCAAGUAAAGGCGACGGCAAACUUGACUGCUUUGUAUGGAGAAACCAUUGUUAUGCCAUGCAAUGGUGGAGCUCCACCACCAGAAGAUCUGAUGUUCAUCAAGUGGAAAUAUGAAAAAGAUGAUGGCACACCUGGUGAUUUGUUAAUCAAACAGGCUCGCAGUGACCAGGCCACAGUUCAGGCCACAGAUGGUUAUGCUCAACGGGUCAGCAUCGAUAGGGACUUCAGCCUGCUCAUUACCCAGGCCUCACUCAAAGACCAGAGGACUUUCACCUGCAUGGUGGUGUCAGACACCAACCUCAUGGAGUAUCCCGCCUCUGUUGUUGUUUACAAGAAGCCAUCAUCAGUGCAGAUUAUGGACAAAAGUAAAUUAUUACAGAAAGACAAAUUAACAGCGGUUGGAACAUGUGUUGUGGCAGAAGCAAACCCUGCAGCCACUAUCAAGUGGAGAAAAAAUGGACAGCUUUUGGAAGAUGAUCAAAAAUCUGUUGUGAUCACUAACCACUUGAAGCUGGAUCGUGAGACAGGCCUAUCCACCGUGCUCUCCUCCCUCCAAUAUGCAGCCACCAAAGAGGAUGCUGAUGCAAUCUUUGCCUGUGCAGCCACACACACACUGAUUAAUCAGGAGACUGAGCUGGAACCUUUUCCCAUUCACUAUCCAUCGGAGCAGGUUACUCUCCAGAUUAUGUCACAGCCGCCCAUUAUAGAAGGAGAUAAUGUGACACUAAAGUGUACUGCUGAUGGCAACCCUCCACCUAGAUCCUUCUUUUUUCACAUUAAGGGCGCAAAAAUGCUGGUUGAAAAUUCGGACAACUACACUGUAACUGCCAUCAACAGAGAGGAUACGGGUGAAUACAAAUGCUCACUGGUUGACAACGAGAAAGUGGAGGCCUCCAAGAACAUUGUUGUUAGUUACCUGGACCUGAGUCUGAGUCCCACUGGAGAGGUUGUGAAGAAAGUUGGGGAAACCCUGUCUGUGAAGAUAGAGAAGAGUACCUCAGGUGAUGCUAAAGAGUUAUGGAAAAAGAAUGGAAAGAUGGUGAAGAGACCAGAGUUUAGUAAUUUGACCUUUGCCGAUGCUGGAGACUACGUCUGUGAAGUUUCAAUGACUGGUCUGACACGACGUCAGAGCUUUCAACUAGUCAUAGAAGGAAAGCCUUUGAUCACCAGCCUUACUAAAUAUCGUGCUGCUGAUGGCAAAGACACAGUCCUAACCUGUGAAGCUGAAGGAGUACCAAAACCCCAGAUCCAGUGGAGCAUCAAUAACACAAUAAAGGAGGAGAGCUCCUACAUCAAUGGCAAAGUGAUUCAUAAAAUCACCAUAGUCCCCAAGGAGAACUUGACUGUCACUUGCAACGUCAGUAACCGCCUGGGACAACAUGCCGAGACAAUCAGUGUUUCCUCUGUUUUUAAGGAGGAAAAGAAAGGAAGAGGAUCUCCAGAAGAUCAGGACCAAGCAAAGCUCAUAGGGGGUGGUUUGGCAGGGCUCGUCCUAGUUGGUAUUACAGUGGGACUCAUCUGCUGGCUCUGCAUUAAGAAAUCAAGACAAGGAACCUGGAAAACCGAGGAGGAGAUGAAUAGAUCUCACGAAAACGAGACACUAAAGCCCAAUGACUGUGUUUAAAAGACACUAGCUGAAGAGGUUAUUGCUGCACGACACUACCAACUGGUCAUCUGCUGGGAGCUUGAAACUUUGUUUCUACUAUGAAACUAUUUGUUUCUACCUACUUUUGUUUGAACAAUUGAAUUCUGACAACCAGCCCAACACCAACAGAACACCUGUUGGUGUCCUUCUGCUCUAUGGAUUUCUCCUUUGGUUGCUACCUACCCAUAAGUGGUUUCAGAAGGAUUCCACUAAAGAGACCCGCUAAAAUCGACUGGCUCUGGCUCUUUUUCAGCUCAGCCAGAAAAUAUCCACAUUGGAAAGUCGGAUUUCCAUCCUUCACCAAAGAUGGGAGAAUGAACUGCUGCGGUACUCCCUGGAAAAACCCACCCUGUGUCAAUCUACUAAUACUUCUGUCACUCCCUGCAAUUGUUCAUCUGUCAAAACAAAAACACAAAUUAAUUCAUCAAUAAGCGGCAUGUCAGCACAGCUGAUACAUUCAUCAGGGAAUUUUCAAAGUGUACAUUACCAUUCCUGUUAUCCUGUGAUGAAAUGAUGGACAACUUCUCUAAUACAAUUGCUCAAGUUAUUGAGACUAUUGCUACAGUAAAAACUAUUAAUAUACAUGGUCCACCAAAAGCACCCUGGAAAAACAGUGGAAAAAAAAGUGGAGAUGGCAAAAAACACUGCAGGAGAGUUAAGAGAAAAUAAACUACAAAUUAUUUAAUUUAGAAAUCUAUAAAAAUGCACUAUACUGCUAGAAUAAUCAAAUUAACCAGAAAAUCCUGUCUCCCAAGUGAUCAACGAUAACCAGUCUAAUUCUGCUUUUUUUUCCCAUCCACUGAUGAAGUAUUUUAUCCCUCCAAAACCAUGCUAACUGAAUUUCCUUCAGUAAAUGAGUGCAAUGAAAUUAAGUCAUUUUGUAAAUAUGAUAAACGGCUCUCUCCACUCUGGCAUUUUCCUUGUUUCUCUUAAAUGUUUUGUGAUCAUACCACUACUCAAGAAAAAUAACUUUGAUCUGUUGGUAAUAAUAAUUAUAGACCGAUUUUUAAUUUUUUCAUUCCAUAGCAAAGUAUUUGAAAAACAUGUUUGAAAACAACUGAAUGACUGUCUUUUAACUUUAUCCAGUUAGGGCUCAGAACCAGCCAAUCAUAGCACAGAAACAGCUCCUACUAAAUUCAUCAGUGACACUUAGGAUCAACAGUGACUUACAGAGAUAAGUCGAAUAAUAAUUUAAUUGAAUAAUAAUUCAAUUUUAUUUUAUUACUUAAUUUUUUUUAGUACCAAAUGGCAACAACAGUUGUCAGUUGGUAAAUCCCCUACAAUAAUACAAAGAAAACAGAGAAAGCACCAACAAUAAGCAAGCGUUCUGGCGAGGGGCGACCAUCUGCCACAACUGGUUGGGGGUGAAGGGAGGCGACAGGAUAAAUGCUAUGAAGAGAGCCAGAGAUUAAUAAUAACUAAAAAUUAAAUGCAGAGUUGUGUAUUAACACACAGUGAAUAAAAAAAGGUGACUGAAGAGGAAACACUAUGUGCAUAAUGGGAAUUCGCCAGCAACCUAGACCUAUUGCAGUCUAACUAAGUGAGGCUUCAGAUCCAGCCCUAACUAUAUGCUUUACAAAAAGGAAAGUUGAAGCCUAAUCUUAAAAGUAGAGAUAGCAUCUGUCUCCUGAAUCCAAACUGGAAGCUGGUUCCACAGAAGAGGGGCCUGAAAACUGAAGGCUCUGCCUUCCAUUCUACUUUUAUAUACUCUAGGAACCACAUCCACAGUCUGAAGGCCAUUACACACUGAAUGCGCUGCAUAAAAACAACAGAAAAUUCAGGUUUUUCUGGAUCCGAAUUUGUUGUGUAACCUACAUAUACACCAUAAUCGUUGCGUUUUUGAAAAGUCAGGAACCUUGGCAUCAUUUUGGAUAGUGAUCUCAAUUUUGAUAAUGACAUGAAUAAGGUUACUAUUCAUGUGAUUAUUUAAUUAUUCUAUUACUUCACAAAGCUCUCAGUGGUUUUGGGCAUCCAGUAAGUCUUCCAAUUAGGAGAUGACCUACUUCCACAGACACCC